AUGGCCCCUAUCAAUAUCGUUAACACACUCUCCAUCCUCGCCCCUCGGAAGGGUGCCAGCGGCGGCGGAGGUAGGGGCGGUGGAGCUAGGUGUGGAGGCAAAAAGGGACCAGGAGGCCUAACAAUCGGUGCUAUCGUCGGACUCUCAGGUUUCGGCUUAAUCAUUGUCGUUUUCCUCACUAUAUUUCUGUGGGAGCGUUAUAAGCCUAGUGCUAGGAAAAGUAGGAAAGAAGCUAUAGAGAGGCGACGCGUGGAUGCGGAGAGGGAUUCGGAAGGUGCGCAGGCAACGGAGACGGCCGAGGCGUCGAGUGGAUCCAGGGGAGUAGGGGAAAAACAGCCAUAUCGCCGACCCACUGUUGGAUCACCGUUGUCGAAGAUGUCCGCGAUGUGGAUUUAUCGGCGAUAUCACUUCCCCAGGAUAUCGUCGCUUGGACCGCGGGUAUGA